UCAACUUCCGGUCGAGUUCCUUGCCCCUUGGAGAUUUUAGACCAAACGGACUCCUAACAAGAAGUUUGGCUAAAAUGUUCAGCCAUACAAGUCAACAUACACAGCUACACAAAACUAUUUUGCGAGGAGAGGAGCAGCCAACUCUUGUGAGAUGUGAGGACUGCUGUUCCCUGUACCACUGUCCUUUCUGUGGGCCUGACAUGUUCAAACCCACCAUCCAAAGCAAAUGUUUAAAACAUUUGCAAGGUCACAGAAGAAGAGCGAUACGGCACAAGGAGUUCUUCAUUUUUAAAUGUCAUUUAAAGUGCCGAACUGCUCCACACUUUCACUGCGUUAGCUGCACAUCCACUUUUAUGAGGAAAGAUGGUUUUCUAAAACACCUGGCCAUGUGCGAGAACAAAAAACCCAAAGUAACAGUUGUCGAGUUGAAAUCAGACGAGAGUUUACCUGCACCAGAUCUUCAUCUGACAACAUGUGAGGCUGGCAGUACUCAGGAGAUGCCUGUCAGUGAAGGACACAAGAAUCUGAUCUCUGAAGAUGCUCUGAAAAUCAGGAGAAGUAAAGCAUACUUCGGGGAACACUUGUGCCAUAAAAGGGCUGUAAGUGAGGAGACAGUGAGCCAGGGCCUCAGUGAUUCAGAGAUGGCAGACCAAAACUCCAGAGGUGAAGGAGAGACUAUGGAGGAGCAGCUGAGAACAGAUGACCCAACUAUGUCCCCAGUGGAUGAAGGAGAUCCUUCAGUGGUAGAUCUCUCUGUAGUGGAUCAUAAUGUCACAGAGACCACUGUCUCAAAUGCUGCUGCCAAUCUUCAUCCUAUAGAGGCUGAUGUAGCCAUACAGACUUUGGUAAAUGAGAUGUUCUCUGGACACACAUCUGUUGAAAGCACCAUCCCAAAAAAAAGAUCCAGAUCUGAUGUACAAGAUCUGUGUCCGUUCUGUGGUUUAAUGCUGCACAGGAAGAAUCUGCAGGUGCAUUUAAGAAGGAAGCACCCAGAUCAUGUGUCAAACCAGGAGAAAUCUGCUUCUGCUCAGGUGAAAAACCCCAAACAACAGAGACUUGCUUUGCGACAACAACAGAAGAUUGCAAUGGAGAGUGAAAUCAGAGCUGUGUUCAGACACUGUAUCAGCUUUCCAGUGCCCACUUCUGCCUCUGUGGUCGCUGAUGAGCUGGUGGACACUGCCAGUGAAAAGCGUUGUGUCACCAUAUUGACCCGUUGGAGUCAGUGUGAUUUGGAGAGAGGGGUAAAACUGUGUUUCUCUCAGAGAUGGACUCUACUGUGUAAACAUGACACAAUCGAGCAUGUGCUGCCGUCAGGAACAAGCUCACACAUAGAGAAGGAGUUGCUCAGCUGCCAUUCUCCUUCUGGGACUCUUCAAGCUGUCAUCCGGGAGGAUGCAGGACAUCAGUACCUGGAGGUUUGGGGGCAAAAUGGUCUGGAGAAAAGUUUGGACCUUACAGCUCUAAAUAAACAUGGAAAAGUAUAUGAAGAUGCUCAGUUUGCAUGUCUGGUCUGGUCACCAUGUGAAAAAAAGUUGCUAUAUGUGGCUGAAAAAAAGAGGGUGGAGCCAUCAGCGCAUUCAUCAGUUGCAUCAGCCAAUGAGGAUGGUGGGCUAGUUUUGCUUGAGGAACAGGACAAGAACAUCUAUGUUGAAGACUGGGGUGAAGGUCUGGUGGGUAAGAGCUGUCCUGUCUUGUGUGUGGCUGAUCUCAACAAAGGAGCAGUUAUCGUAUACGCUGGCGUCCCUCCACAUAUAUCGCCAGGACAGGCUCUGUGGGCACCUAAUGGAAGGGGCGUGGUGUUUGUGGGCCAAUGGAAUGAGCCGUUCAGACUGGGCCUGAAAUUCUGCUCUAAUCGUAGAUCAGCUCUCUACUACCUGGAUAUGAAAGGAAACUGUGAGUGCUUGUCAGCUGAAAGUGUGUCCGUUUCAAGCCCUCGAAUGAGUCCAGACUCUUGCUGGAUCGUAUACUUGCAGGGACAGGUGUUUGGACCACAUCGUCAGUGCCUGAGAAUGAUGCUGUAUGAUAUGAAGAGCAGAAGCACUUCAGUUUUAGUAGAUGUGGUGAGGAGAGCAGAAAAAGGUCAGUUUGCUGGAAUAUAUGAAUCAUUGCCAUCUCAAUGCUGGUCUGCAGACAAUGAGAGAAUCUUCUUUAGCAGUUCCUGUGAAAACAAUAAGGCGGUGUUCUCAGUUGACAGAACCACAGGAAGAGUCACACAAGUGUGCGGACUUGAUGCGCUAAGACUAGAUGAUUUCGGCAGUGUGCAGCUUUUGACAAUACAAAAAGACCUGAUGGUGAUGAGCUGCUCAUCUCCAAAUCAACCUCCUUGCCUGAAAGCUGGUUUCCUCUCAUCAAUGGAUCAGUCUGAGGACAUGCAGCUUUGUAAUGUGGGCGGAGCAGAUGUGUAUGAGGGAUUUGAUUGGCAGCCCAUGUUGAUAACACCCCCUUCUCAGGAGGAGAACCAUCAGUUCUCUGGACUGAAUUUUGGAGCAAUUUUAUUGAAGCCAUACAAUCUUCCAGAGAGAAGGAAAAGUCCUCUAGUGGUGAAUAUACAUGGUGGUCCUCAUGCUCAUUUUGCUGCUGACUGGAAUGCCACGGCCGCUGCUUUAACCAAACUGGGAUUUGCUGUUCUGAUGGUGAACUACAGGGGCUCCACUGGUUUCGGUCAAGAUGCCAUAGAGUCUUUACUUGGAAACGUUGGCAGUCAAGACGUCAAAGAUGUCCAUAGGGCAGUGUUAUGCACUCUGCAGAAUGAGACGACCCUUGAUCCUGAUAGGGUGGCAGUGAUGGGUGGCUCUCAUGGUGGUUUUCUGGCCUGCCAUCUGGUUGGUCAGUAUCCAGAUUUCUACAGAGCUUGUGCAGCAAGAAACCCUGUGAUCAAUGCAGCCACACUGCUUGGAACCAGUGAUAUUGUAGACUGGAGAUAUUCCUCUGUGGGGAUUCAGUAUGCUUUUGACCAGCUGCCCACAUCACAGUCUCUCAUUUCAAUGCUGGAAAAGUCACCCAUAAUACACGCUGCACAGAUCCGUGCUCCUGUGUUGUUGAUGUUGGGUGGAAGAGACAGGAGAGUAUCCCCUCACCAGGGUCUGGAGCUCUACAGAGCACUCAAGAGCAGGAAAACACCCGUCAGGUUAUUGUGGUACAGUGAUGAGGGUCAUUCGCUGUCUAAAGUCAACACUCAGUCUGACUGCUUCUUCAACAUCGUUCUGUGGUUUAAAGAGCAUUUAAACUGAAGCAACAUUUCUCAGAAACGUAUAUGAAAAUAUUAAUCGAAUGCUUUUUUUUUUUUGUCUGCACAUAUUGUGUUUGACAUUCUUGCCAAAACUGUAGAUGUUCAUGAAUGUUGCACCGAGCCUGAAGUUAAAGGUUAUACAGGUCUCUGUCCACUAGGGGACAGACCAGUCCAUGUUAAAUUAGCACUGCUAAAAUAAGGGGUCAAAUGCCAAAGGAUGAAGUAAUUAUGUUUAGAAAUCAGAGUUCAUGUACUGUGAUACUGAACUUAAUAUCUGAACAUUCACUAUCUUUUGUGAGCUGUUUACUCUCUAUGUUUACUAUGUUUUUAAUGGACAGUAAUGAUCUUGCCAAUAUUUUUUGAUCAAAUCUGUUUGACUUUAAAUACAAAUAUAUGGUGAUCGUUUGUAGAUUUAAAUGAGUUUGAUUAUGAAAAAAGUACCUUUAGGAUGGAAACCAGAAGAAAAGAACGAAAAGCAAUUUUCUAGUUUCUGAAAUGUAUCUAUAGAGAUCGUCAACAUUCCAUAUUUAUAAACAUGAUAUGAGACAGAAA